AUUAAUAAAAAUAAGUAACGAGCUGUUGCUUUGUAAAAUUAUUACUAAAAAAAUUCAUAAAUUGUAAGAAACUUUAUAUUUAUUAUGCAUAUAUGUAUACCGCCAAAUCAAAAAAAGCCCUUCCAGGGCCAAUUUACAAUCAACUUUAAAACAUACGAAUUAACUGGUUUGGUCAGUCGAUACGAAUGUAGCGGCCUUUUGCGGACUUUCUAAGAGAAUCAAUACACAAGAACAAAGCGAUUAUCAAAAAUUCACCUUUCUCAUCUGCGCCUAACUUCCACGAAAUUAUAUUCCCUACAUAUUUGUGUGUGUAUGAAUGUUCAACCGUUCACCUUAAUACAAGUAGUUGUAGUGACAAAAGAGGUUUUGAACUUGCGCGACGCAUUUUACCUGUGUUCGUGCGUCAAACGGCGAGAUCAGAGCUCAGUCUGCUUGGUAAACUGCUUUCGAAUACUUGUACUUAAAACUUUUCGGACGAGUCGCGAACAUUUUUAAAUUAAUUAAAAUUUUAAACAUUUCCUUUUACGUCGUACAAAAUUGCCAAUCGACAACUUUAAAGAUGAACGAAAUCAAUGAGUAACUCAGUUUAAUCACAUAUAUAUAUAUAUCUAAGUGUACCAGAAAUGAAUUUGGAAAAGUCAGUUAUUAGACAAAUGUUGUGUCUACUUUUAAUCAGCUACGUUAAUUUGCCAGGCACUUUGGCUGCGCCAAAUCUACUCACCAGUUAUUUGCCAGCUUCCAUGCAAGCGCUCGCCUACUACAUCGACUUUUUACAAUAUGAACCAAUAUCGUCGACAACUGUCGAGCCACCGUUUAGUGUGAGUGACGACGAAUUAACGAAUAUAUUUAAUGCUUCACCUACGACCACACCGCUACCAAUCCGUCCACCAACCAGUGCGUUGUCCACGAACAAGCAGCCAUCGACAUGGGUCUCAACGACUAGCCGGCCAAAUUGGAGCAGCACUUCCAACAAGCCAUCACAAACCGUUAGCACCACAGGGUCUGGUUGGUGGAAACCACCCAAUUGGUGGAAUCCUUCUACAACAACUACAGCGAAACCUACAGUACCACCAACUCCUACACACAGGCCCGGUUUGUAUGCACCUAUGAAAUCGCCACUAAUCAAACCUCGAUCUGAAAAACGUGUCGGUUAUGAGGUAUUUGAUGAGAUUGGUGACAACACCGAAGGUUUUGAUAAGUUGACAUUGGCGCUAAUUCGCGAUAUACAAACAGAGGCGGAGCAUGAUGAAUUUACCAACGAUGUGGAGUCUUUGGACAACUUUUUGCGCCUUUACGAUGACAACUACGGACGAGCUGCUUUCGAUGACGACAAUGCUGUGAAUCGUUGGUCAACCACAUCGACUGCGGGUAAAAAACGUGUACCGCCAACUAAACCCUAUGUCGAAUUUCUACUUGUCUAUGAUCUGCUAAAACGCGAUGCCAAAGCCGCUAACCUAAGCAAAUAUGAGGGUUAUUCGGAAGAAUUGUUAAGGGACUUACACGAUUUGUCCAGUGCGUCGGCGGAGCGUCAACUGUAUACACUUUUCAAACGCAUGAUCGAUCGUGGUGAUGUGCAACGUAGUGAUGUCGUCUCUCGCUUACAAGGUAUAAUGAAAGAUUUAGCCAACCCCCAAAGUGCUACUGCCAAGGAGUUACGCUACAUUCCAGCCAUGCCAUUUGUGCCAUGAUUUUCAAAUACGAUGUAUGAAAUAUUCCUUUAUAAUUCAAUAAAAUCAAUAAACCUAUGAAAGUAUAAGCAACACACAUACAUAUGUAUGUUUAAA